ACUGUAGUGAAAAAGGAUUCAUAUAGUUUUUAAUCCAUGUCUGAGUUGCUGUUGGGAGGGGGGCAAAGAUGUUUAACGGAGGACCCACAUAAAGUGAAAUUCCCGACCGAAAGAAUACAUGGACGGACGUUGCACGCCACUUCAGGCGAAACGGGAGACCCCAUCUGCAAUUUGCACCGUAAAUUCAUCGGCUAGCACGUAUUUUUCCUGUUUUGGUUUUUGUUUGUGAGGGAAAGCAGUAUUAAAAACAACACUGAAAGAGCCCAUUAAAUGUUAGAAGAAAAGAACCACAAAAGGAAAAUAGAAAUCAUCUAAAGUUGCCAAACUGAAAAAGAUGAGGCCACCCAAGAAACAGAGAGGACGCUCUCCCUUAUCGCCAAGAGGAAAAGGAGCAAGAAAACGUGCAGGCAAGCUUGAUGGACUUUCAAGAACUACACAGUCUGAACUUUCACCCCAGAAACACGCUCCGUCUAAAGCAGACAGCGCUCAGGACAAGCAAAUCAAGAGUAGCAACAUCCCAAACAGGGUGGGGCUAAGAGAACAAAUAAGAGAAAGGACAGUGGAAACAUCGAAAACUGAGGAGAACAUAAUUAUAGUGAAUAAGACAAAAAGCCCCAAGAACAUGAACACAAACAGUUUAACAGAAAACACAGACUCAUUGAAGAAUGCACUUGAAAGCAAUGCACACGAAAAUGUACACAGUAAUAGCACAGACAUAUAUAUUACAAAAACACAAAACUGUACUAGCACAAACAGUAAAGGUAGCAACCAACAUGCAAACAGCACUGCUAGCAAUACACAAAACACAAAUACUACAGCCAAUAGUGUAAAUAAAAGCAACUCUAUCAGUGCCAACCACAUUUCCACAACACCCUCCAGUCGAAAAACAGCCACUUUCAAAGCCAGGGUGCCCAAGAAGAAAUACAUGUAUGAACAUCAAGCUUCCAUUACCUCUCCCAUUGGUUUAACCCUGUCAACUGCUCCACUCACACUUUAUAGCAACCAUCUAACUUCAUCACACACCCCCAUUACUCAGAACAGUACUGCUGUGCUCAGAAAUGAUGUGGCUAAAACAGAUAGUUCUGAUCUGGAAAUGAGUGGGAGUAGCAGUAAAGAAAUAGUCAAAGUGGCAAGCACAGAAUCUCAAAAAGGAGAUGAAACUUUGGGAAAUUUGUUGAAAAGUGAAAUGCCCUUUGCAGGAGAGAAGAUAGUUCAAACAGUGGAAGCAGAUGGAUAUGGGGAGCAGGCCCCAAAUUCGGCGCGCUCAUCAUCUACAGACACAGCCAGUGAACACUCUCUGGAUCUAGAGGUACUUGAGCCCUCUGGUGUGCAGCUAAGUUUGGGCAGUCAUGUAAGGAUGUCAAAAAGAGUGCCGUCUAACAAUUCAACCCUGCCUGUACUGCAAAUUGAGCAGGGAGGCUCUGCCGCAAUAGCAGAAGCUCUAGCUAAAGGACUGAAAAACCAAAGAGUGCUAGCACGAAAGCGACCAAGAACUAAUGUAAAAGAAAGCAAGAAGCUAAUCAAGGAAUGUGUAUUUAUUUGCGGUGUGGUGCGUGGGUCCAGUAGAGAGCAGCUGAAUGUAGAAUUGCAGGUUAAUGGAGAGAGGAUGCUGCUUCCAUAUCCAUUUCAUACAUUAGUAAGUUGCCCACACCAACCCAUUGACCUCAUUUUAGACGCCCCACCCCCAGGCAAUGAACCUGUGGAGGUUGGGAUGCAUGUUUGUGUGCCUUAUGGAGGAGAUAAAGGUAAAGAGUGCUUCAGAGAAGGUGUGGUGGCUCAGGUGGACUCUCAUUCAGGUGUUGCAUGCCCCUACAUGGUGCUUUUGCAAGAGGAGAUGGAGCAAAAGAAAGAGAUGUGCAGCAGUGAGGAGGCAACAAGUACUAAGACUGUAUGGGUGGCCCGCCAAAACCUGCGUCUCCUUGUUCCGCCAUGGGAUGGGGUUAUGAAAGAGAAAGAACGAGAGGAGAGAGAACACAGGGAUGAGAUGGAGGUGGAGCAGGAACUAUGUCAGUUAAGCGAGGGACUGGAUUUGGGAACUGCAGGUCCGCUCAGGGAGAACAGCAGAUUCCCAUCUCCAGGGGUUCAUCACUAUGGUUGCACACAUGUUUCAUCUUCCACUUCACCAGCAGUUGUAAUGGUAGCAAAAAAUAUGGUUAGUAUAGCAGCUAGGAGGGAUAGUGAGGGAACAGGGAAUAGGGAAAGAGUUCGAGACGGGGAACAUGAGCGAAAACAAUUGCAGACCCCAGAGGUGGACAUGGAGCUUUUGCAGCUUAACAUGGCACCACUCAGAGAAGUUGGAGGAUCCUUAGUCUCAGGGGGGCCUAAUCAGCACAGACAAAUUCUUUCCCAACCUCCUGGGUAUCCAAGUUCGCUUACAGUGGUGCGAGGCAUCUCUGGGACAUCUUUAGGAAGUCCCCAUCCAACCCCGUCACCUGCACUUUUAUGGUCUGAUGGAGGGAUCUCUCACCAUGUGCCACCCUCUGUGCCUCCUUCCCCUAACUCUAGGGGGUCUUUGACACCUCUGGAAAAAACUCCUACACCUUCACAGACCUCCACCCCUAUUCCCGGGAGUUCUGCCUCAUCUUCUGCUUCUUCCUCACGAUCAAGGACUCCUUUGUCAGCUAAUCAACAGAAAUACAAGAAAGGUGAUGUGGUCUGUACGCCUAAUGGAAUCCGUAAAAAGUUUAAUGGGAAACAGUGGCGGCGCUUGUGCUCCCGGGAAGGUUGCAUGAAAGAGUCCCAGCGUCGUGGCUACUGUUCCCGCCACCUUUCCAUGCGUACCAAAGAAAUGGAGGGAGCAGUGGGAGAGAGAGGAGGUGGAGGUGGAGGGAGCAGCUCAGGGACCGUGACCCCUUCAGAUCUGCGUGGUCGUGCUAGCAGUGAAUUUGAUUGGGAUGAGACUUCAAGGGACAGUAGUGAGACAAGCAGCCGGGGUACUGACUCUCGGCCACGUCUUGGAUUGCCAUCACUGCUUGCUCAAGAUUUCUCUCGCUUUGACUUUGAUGAAUGUGAGGCUGCAACUAUGCUGGUAUCCCUGGGUAGCUCAAGGUCUGUAACACCCUCAUUUUCACCAAUUUCAAAUCAGUCCCCAUUCUCACCUACACCUUCCCCAUCUCCUUCACCACAUUUUGGUUUUCGCCCUGCAAACUUCAGCCCUAUCACUGCCUCUCCAGUCCUUCCUCCCCGCCGCCACAGACAACCCAGUGGUACCAACACUGUUACUGCGAAACACGGAACAGGAGGUCUAGAGAGGGACAAGGACAGACAUUUGUCUGGUAUUGCGCCAUCCUUCCACACCAGUCUAACCUUCACUGUACCUAUGAGCCCGGGCAAACGCAGGACGGAUGCCCCACCUCCCCCAACUUCACUGUCACAAGAAUAUGUCAAACAUGACCAGGAACAAAUCAGUCAUGACCCCUCACUUGUAACAAAUGUCUGCAUUAUCACUCCUCAAACAACUACUGUCACACUCCCCCAAAGACUUCCUUCAACCACUGCCUCUUCCCCACCAGCUUCUCCCCUAAGCUUAGAGCCAGGUUCACAACAAACAGCUCAUCAACCUUUGAGAGACUCUCCAGUAAUAGUGAGAAAUCCUGAGGUUCCUCUUAUAAAGUUUACAGAACUUCCACUGGCUAGAGUUGCAGAGGUGGACAGGACCAGUUCCACAGAAAAUAACCAAAAUGGUGUACAGUCUGUUACAGGACUACAGGUUCCUGUACCAAUUAACGCUGCUUCCACCAAUGGACCAGUUUUACUUCAAAACCCCACCUCAACUCUUGUUCUAGUGUCUACUACCUCUUCCAUCCCAAACACUGCUGGUCUACCCACGCAAUCGAGCGCCACCUUGGCCUGCAUAUCAGUGCCUAGCCCUGCCCCAGGGUCUGGUCUCAUUGGUGCAGAUUGUGGAGGACUGGAUAAGAAUGGUCCGGUGAUGGUGCAGCAGCCUGUCCCCUGUCAUCCUGCUCCCACUGCGUUGCUGCCGCUCAUACUUUCUACAGAGACCCUGCAUCCUGUGCCAUGCAAAGACAUCAUCAUGGGGCGGCCUGGAACUGUGUGGACUAAUGUUGAGCCCAGAUCGGUUCCAGUGUUUCCUUGGCAUUCAUUGGUCCCUUUCCUGGCACCCACCCAAUCAGAUCCAUCAGCACUACCUGGUGAGGGCCAACAAACUGUCAGUCAUCCACAGACAGCCUCUCUGAAAAAAGAGUCUCAGAGUGGGUCAGUUCUGAAGGAGAUUAUAGAGGGAGCACCAGCAGCUUCCUCACGCCCCGCUCCCUCGGCCGAUGAACUGCCCCUAGAGAGAGAGAAGGAUGCGGAGAGGGAGAGACCCGACAGCGAAACAGAAAGUGACGUGGAUGAUCCGUUUUUCCCUGUUGUUCUUCCUGAUCUGCCAAUCUCUGCAUCUCCUGGAAAGCGUAGAUCUCAGUCCCUCAGUGCAUUACCCAAAGAUGACAAAACCAGUCCCGGCAAGAGGGAAAAAGAUCAUAUCCGAAGGCCCAUGAACGCAUUCAUGAUCUUCAGCAAGCGCCAUCGUGCGCUGGUUCAUCAGAGACACCCAAACCAGGACAACCGAACGGUCAGCAAGAUACUUGGAGAAUGGUGGUAUGCACUGGGACCCAAAGAAAAACAAAAAUACCACGAUCUUGCAUUUCAGGUGAAGGAGGCACACUUCAAGGCACAUCCUGAUUGGAAGUGGUGUAAUAAGGACAGAAAGAAAUCCAGCAGUGAGGGGCGUGGUGUUCCAGGGGGCAAAGACAUCCGUGAGCGAAGCAUGUCAGAAACCACAGAACCUCCAAAUGUUUCAUUGGGGUCGGAGCUCAAAGGGGUGGGGCCUGGCAUGGUGAGCGUGUCCGAGCGCGGUGGAGUUGAGGGACACGGUCAGCUCCCCCGUCCCCGUGCCUUCUCUCAGAGCGCCAUGCAUAAUCUGGAGAGAAGCGAGAGAGGCAACCCACAAGCUCUGGCUGAGCUCGCACAGAUGUGUGGUGAUGGGGGUCAGGUUUCUGGGCGGGGUGCUCUCUCUCAGUCGCAGAGGGGGGUGAGUGAAGACAUGACAAGUGACGAAGAGCGUAUGGUCAUCUGUGAGGAAGAGGGAGAUGAUGAUGUCAUCGAGGACUCAUACCCGGCAAGCUCCAUUGACCUGAAGUGUAAGGAGAGGGUGACGGAUAGCGACAGUGAAAAUGGAUCUGGAGAUGAAGGAGAACGCAAGAGAGUUUUUGCUCCAGUGAUUUGCUCCUCGUCGUAUGGUCCUGGCCAUGGUCGCAGUGUGUCUCUGUCCUCCUACCCCACCUCCAGACGCUUCAGUGAGGCUCCCUUAAAGAGGAAGCGGAUCAUAGAAGGAGGUGAUGGAGAACGAAGAGAAGGUGAAGGAAGUAUGUCUCAGUCUCUCCCCCAGUACUCCGUGGGUCAGUCCAUCCUGGUCAGUUCUGGCGGGGGGGUAUCGUCAGUACUAGGUGCAGUGAGAGUAGCGUCCACCGUCGUCACCAACGUGGUGCGUCCCGUCAUCAGCACGCCGGUGCCGAUCGCCAGCAAAUCCUGCAAAUCCCACGACUGGAAACCCGCUCCACCCCAGACGCAACUUCUCAUCGGACCCGGCACCGCAGGAAAUGCGUUGACACCUGCUGCUGGAGGGGGUGGGUACUAUUCCUCAUCAUCGCCCAGUCCUGUGAGUGCAUCAGUGGGUCAAGGGGGACUGGUGACUAAUCUAGUCUUGGGAGGCACGUUCCAAGCCCCGCCUGCUGUGCAGCUUGUCACGCCUCCGCAAAACUCCACCUCCCCUGCGUCGGCUUCACUUACUCAUAGUAAUGGUCCACUGCCCAUGCUGCAGCCGCACAUUCUGCCCUCUGCCUCAUUAGUGCCCUCAUCAGGCCAAAAACCGAUAACACAGGUUCAGUACAUUCUCCCUACCCUCUCAACCAACCAUCCCAAGAGCCCCUCCCCUCAGCAGGCCAGUCAGCCAACCAGUAUCUUCACCCUACCUACAGCUCUGCCCACUCAUGCCUCCCUGGCCAAUGGGAAGCAGUCAGGGUAUGUCUCCAAUCCUGCGUUGGGUGUGGUUAGCCCAGGAGCAAGAGUGCAAACACAGUCACCAGUCUUGCAGGGCAAGAUGCUGGUUCCCAUGGCAACAGUGCGGGCUGCUCCUGCCCCUUCUCAGCAGUUUCCCUUGGUAGCCCCUCCUCUUCCUGUUCAGAAUGGAGCACAGGCUGGAAGCAAGAUCAUUCAGAUCGCUCCCAUGCCUGUCGUCCAAUCGCAACUACCCUCUGCCGGACCAGUGCAACCUGGGAGCCCGUUUUCUGUUACUAUGGCAACUGCUACAGUGGUCACCCCAGGCUCUAUCCCGUCUCAGACGGUGCUGCUACCGCCUCCACCUACAAGAAUCACUUAUGUACAGUCCACUCCUGGGGUUCCCUCUCCUUUGCCAUUAGUUCCCACAACAACAGGCUCCUCCUCUCAGACGGCUGCAGGAACGCCUGGAUCGGCUUAUGUACCAUCGCCCCUGGCAACUUUUGCAGCCAUUGCUCAUCCAGGUCAGACUUUGGUGCAGCCACUGAUCGCAGGUCAGCCAUCGCUGCUGGCCGCAGCCCAAUCUCCCGGUGCCCCUCAUGCGCCAGUCAUCACCGCCAUCUACACCCCCACAAGUGUAACUUUGGCUGCUGGUGUGGUGUCCAUGGGCACGGUGUCACCCAGUGUUGUGUACCCAGUGUCUAGUCCUUCUAGCCUAUCUCCCCACAUCCUUCCUAAACACACCACAACAACAACCUCCGUGACAUCUGUGACCUCAGAUAGGCAGGGGAACGUGCCAUCAAACUCUGAGCGUCAGUCGCACCAGGACCGGCAGCAUCUGGACGGCAUCUAUCCACAGUCCUCUGACAGACAGCCAGAGAAGGUCUCUCUCUCUCAGACGGAGAAAUCGUUCCAGGUCCCCAGUAAAACCAGCGGCUCAUCUGCACCCCCACCAGGCUCCUCAGUGCCACUGCAGCCUGGGAGCCCUGCUCCCCUCUCUCAUUCUGGCAGUGCUCCUGGGACUCCAAAACUGAUCACAACAAGGCCUCUUCAGAAGGUGAAAGCCACAGUGGCCAACAUCCCCGUGGGCAGCUAUGAUGGAGGAGGGAGAGGAAAAGAGAGGGACAGGGAGAAAGAGAGAGAACGAGAGAAGGAUAAAGAGAGUGGGAGUCGAUUCACAUUUGACAUAGACAAAGCAAGUGAGACGAACUCUCCUGCUGCCGUCCCACCGGAGGAGGGGACAGUGGAACGCACAGCCCACCCUGGAGUGGAGGGUGGUGCCACCAGCGGGCUUGGCAAAGAAGCAAACACCAAAGAGGCUGAAUGGAAGGACUCCCGCCCUUCCUCUCCGUUACCUCCUCCCUCUGGAUCAGAUCCUGCCCCCCCUCAACCUCUCAGCGAUAAAGAUGCACCACCCACUAAAAAAGUCAAGGCCCGCCCUCCACCACUCAAACGCCCAUUUGAUUCUGUUGACAGGGUCCUGUCAGACGUGUACUUUGAGGAGCGCUUUGCAGAGCUGCCUGAGUUCCGUCCAGAGGAGGUUCUGCCCUCUCCAACCCUGCAGAGUCUCGCCACCUCCCCGCGAGCCAUAUUGGGCAGCUACCGCAGAAAGAGAAAAAACUCCACCGACCUGGACUCAUCCACAGAAGAUCCCGUCUCUCCUAAAAGGAAAAGCCGUCGCAGAUCCAGCUGCAGUUCAGAGCCCAACACACCUAAAAGUGCUGCCAAGUGUGAGGGGGACAUUUUCACCUUUGAAAGGCCAGAUGGAGAGGAUAUGCUGGGGGAGCUGGAGUUUGAUAAGGUACCCUACUCCUCUCUUAGGAGGACUCUUGAUCAAAGGAGAGCUCUUGUCAUGCAGUUAUUUCAAGAGCAUGGAUUCUUCCCCUCAGCUCAAGCUACCGCUGCGUUCCAGGCGCGAUAUUCUGACAUCUUCCCCACAAAGGUGUGCUUACAGCUCAAGAUCCGUGAGGUCCGACAGAAGAUCAUGCAGACGGCAGCUCCAUCGGAAUCGGCCGCCUCAGACCUCUCUUCAUUACCGGGACCUUCCGGGGCAGCCGGUGAAGGAGGAGGGAUGGAUCUGCUGGAAAAAGAAGCAGAGCGAGAUGUUGAGCAGAACAGCCCAGAGGAGCCUAGAAACGCUGCCGAUUCACAGGACUCCACCAGAUGAGGUUAUUGGACCGCUGGAAAGAAAGCUUUGAGACCAGAUCUCUCCCAUCGACAUCUGUAUCAUUUGUUGUCUUGUCUCUGCUAUGAACAGUUCUGAAGGACGUAGAGAGAGAAAGCAAGAGCAGAAAUUUCAUGUAAAUUGAGCAGAUGAGGGAAGAUGCCUCAAAACCGUUUGGGGUGUGGAAACGUAUUUCCUCAGUAUUUUAUGUUACUAAAGAGACCUUAAAGAUUUCAAAUGACUUAUCAACGUAAAGACAAUUGCAUACGCCGCAGUGCAUCGUCUUGAAUAUACACACUUGAAUUUACAGCAUAAUAUUAGUCAUUAGGCUUCCUUUGGACUUUUAGGAUUGUGGGUUAAGCCCUGUAAACCAGUGAAGUCGCGCUGUUGAUGUCUCUAGAAGGUGGGACGCGUGAAGGAACCCAAUCCAUUUCAGACCGAGUUGUGUUUUUAUGGCCUGAUUGGCAGUAGCUUGGCUACAGGUUUUUUUAAUGGCUCGUGAGUUACUGCCGGUCAUUGUGAGGCUGGCCUCCAUUGGCCGAGAUAAAGUGAUAAUGAAGACUCUCAUAUUUAGUUUUUUUUUCUUCUGUGGUGUUUAGAUUUUUGAGGACUUCAUGGAUAGCUUUGUUAAGGCACUGAAUACCUUUAAUGAGGGACUCGUUCUGAACUGUGCGCUGCCAUUCGCAAACCUUUCAUCCUAUGAUUGGCUGUAAUGGUUGUCAAUCAAACUGGAGUCAUUCCAAAGCCUCUGAUUGGCUGGCCAUGAAGGAAAAAGGUAAUGGAAGGGAAGUCAACAGGCACAUUAUUGCCAUUGAUUUAAAUUUUUCCAUAUAUUAAGAGAUUCCACGUAUUUAAACAUUUCUUUCCCUGCCUUUUUCAUUCAACUUUCAUGAGCUGGUGAAGCAAGGAGAAUUUACUAUAACAAUUUUAUUAACGUUUUAGAGACGACGCUUGAUUUUCAGUUAUGUUAUAACAUUUCUCACAUUACUGUUCUUAUUAAUGUUUUGUUAUUCUUGUGGAUCUGAUCCCUAUAUCCUAUAUAUACUGUAUUGCUAUUAAUAUACUCUUUCUUUAGCAGAAACCGAGGGAUGACUGUCCCUUUUUAUAGGCACUUCCACUACUUUCUUUAACAUUAUAGCGACUUUUUAACAUUUAGGUGUUUUUCUCCCUAACCAGGAAUUCAUUACAUGGGCUUUUGUUGUCUGACACUCCAAGCCUCUUUCUGGUAUACACACUUUUCUUAAAUGCACCACUUACAUUCCUCCCCUUCCUCGUUCCUCUCUCUGUCACUUUAUCAUUCUUUCCUCAAUCACUUUCGGCUGUGAGGUGGGACCGAAGGCAUCAGGGGCGAUCUUCUCCUGCAGCGCUGGUCUUUGAUGUACAUUAAUACAGAAGAGUCCAAAGACUCGAUACCAGAAUAAAGAGCAUCACUGAAAGAAACAAAGCCAGUACAGAAAAUGACAUUGUAAAACAAAAGAGAAAUAAAUAUGGUUAUAAA